AUGGCGGAAGGGGAGAGGCCGAGGCCGCUCCUCCGGCUGGUGCAGGAGGGACGGCUGGACCUUCUCCGCGACGAGCUGCGGCCGGACGAGGCGCUGGGCCCAGCGGUGCGGAGCCAGCGUUACGGGCGCUCAGGGGACACGCUGCUGCACCACGCCGCCCGCUACGGGCACCGGGACGUCCUCGCCUACCUGGUAGAGAAGCUGGGGAUGGAUGUUGAGGUGUUCAAUAGCGACUACAAAAGACCCCUCCACGAAGCCGCCUCCAUGGGCCAUGAGGAGUGUGUCUCCUACCUCCUGGAGAGAGGCGCGAGUGUAGACUGCUUGAAAAAGGCAGACUGGACUCCCCUAAUGAUGGCUUGCACCAGGCAAAACCUGGAGGUGAUCAAAGCUCUCGUGGAGCAUGGAGCCAACCCGCUGCUGAAGAACAAGGACGGCUGGAAUUGCUUCCAUAUCGCGAGCCGGGAGGGCCAUCCCCAGGUCCUCCAGUACCUGCUGGACGUGUCCCCGAGCAGCUGGGACACAGAGAGCACGAUAAUGAGAACGCCUCUGCACACAGCAGCAAUGCAUGGCUGUUUUGACGUUGUGGAGCUGCUUCUGGAGCGAUGCCAGUACAAACCUGACAGCAGAGACAAAUGUGGAGUCACUCCCUUUAUGGAUGCUAUCCAGAACGGGCACGUCAACAUUGCCUGCCUGCUCCUGGAAAAACACCAGGCUUGCCCUACAGCCGUGGACGCGCUGGGCGCUCAGCCUCUGCACCGGGCAGCCGUCACGGCCCAGGAUGAAGCCAUCCGGUUCCUCGUCUCUGAGCUGGGCAUCGAUGUCAACAAGAGAGCGACGGCCCUCCAACUCACAGCAUUGCACUACGCAGCCAAGGAAGGACACGUGCACACCAUCCAGACGCUGCUGUCCCUCGGUGCUGAUGUCCACGCGAAGGAUGGGAAGAGCCGUUCCGCCCUGCAUGCAGCGUGUGCUGGGCAGCAGGCGGCUGCCGCACGGAUCCUGCUCUGUGCCGGGCUGCAGGAUGCCCCGGAUGGCACGGGCACGCUGGCACAGCAGCUUGCGAGGAAGCCAGACGUCAUCCAGGUUUUCCAGGAAACGAACGUCAGCACGUGAGACGAAAUGGGAAAGAGAGAAGCCUGUUUCAUUUCAGCGUG